AUGACUCUACCAAGUAAUCAGGGGAGUAUUGCCAGCAGCAAUGGGAGUUUGGAUGUGCAGUGUGUGAUACACAGCGAAAAUCUGAUCCUCUUCUGCAAUGAUUGUGUGGAGUGUGUGUGCCCUCGAUGUCUGGUGGGGAGCAAGCAUAAGACACACAGCUUCUCGCCCUUUGAGGAGGCUUGCAAGGAACAAAAAGUACAGAUUUUAAGGAAAGUGAAGGAUCUGAAGAAGAUUCAUGAAAAAGUCAAGAAGGACACAGAUCGCAUUUCUCUGACAUUAAAGGAUGUUGAGCGUAUUGUCGUAAGAACUAAAGCUUCCGUUGAGGAAAAGUACAACAAGAUUAGGGAACUACUGGAAAAUGACAUGAGAACCACAAUGAACCUGAUUGAAGCUGAAGCCUUGUCAAUGGAAACCCUGAUUACAGUACAGCGUGUGGACAAGGAGGCAUAUAAGGAUGCAAUUACUUCAAUAAUGGAACGAGUAAAUGAAAUGAAUAGGAAUACAGACUCUGAAAAUGUACAGACACUACAAGAAUUCAUGAGUUGGAAGACACGACUUGAAACUUUUGAAGAUUUACAAUUGUCAUUUGGUAAAGAAUUGCCAGUAGAGAACAGACGAUUGAAAUCACUGGAACGUUCUGUUGAUGAGCUGUAUCAGUCGGUGAAGAAGCUGCUUCCACGGAUGUGGGAAUUUAUAAGGAACAUUACCCUCAAUGAAAAUACAGCACAUAGAAAUCUCAUUAUAUCAAGAGAUCAGACGUCAGUGCAGUACUCUACUACACCUGUUAAUGUCCACGAAAGUUCCAUACGUUUUGAAAACUCUUUCAGUGUUCUAGCAAAUGAGUACUUCUCGUCAGGCAAGCAUUAUUGGGAGGUGAAUACAAAGAACAAGAAUGAGUGGAACAUUGGUGUCACAUAUUCCUCUAUCGCCAGGAAAGGCAAAGAAUCUACUCUCGGCAAGAACAAGUAUUCAUGGUCCAUUCGAAUGGUUGACAAAGAAUAUUAUGCAUUCCAUGGUGAUGAGUGCAUUUUGCUUGAUCUGAGCAAUGCAGACCAAAACUGUGAACGCUUGGGAAUAUUUCUAGAUUAUGAAGAGGGGCGCUUGUCUUUUUACAAUAUUCACCGAGGCACCCAUCUUCACUCUUUUAAAACAAAGUUCCGGAAACCAGUAUUUCCUGCAUUUAGUCCUGUUUUAUCCAAAAAUUCAAAAGAUAGUGAACCAAUUGUAUUGUGUCAUUCAGGCAUCAAAAUCAAGGAAAUUACUGACACAGACGGUAUAGAAUUUUAAGAAGGAAAAUCCUGAUUGAUCAUCAAUUUGACUUUGGAGUUACUUGGAAAGUAGUUUGCAUUGUAUUCUAAAGCUUAGUUUACUUUGACUAUGAGUACUUGAUAAAUGCUUCAGCAGAAUUGUACUUUUUAUUUAUAACCAACUACUAUUUCUCUAGUUAUUGCCCAUGGUGACAUAUUACCCCUAGACUAAAUGUAACAAAUUGUCAUAUUUGUCCUUUCUUGUUUAUUUCCAAGUUCAAAAAGGGGAUUUAAAUAUUGGUAUUGAAUAGUAGAUGAGAAAGUUUCAAUUUUGAUUAUAUAAUUUCCAAAGCAAAAAAUUCCUUUUGUGCAAUGCCUUCAUAAGUUACAUAUUUAUAGAUGCCUUUAUUUUUUGUCAUAAGUAGUAUCAUUAUUGAAUUACAAAAAUAAAAUUAAUUCAUUUAUUCUUAUUGUGUCUCUCUUAGAGAUUCUAAGGCAAAAAGUAAUAAUGUGGUAGUGGGUGAGAAUUAGACAGUAUACAUAUGGCACAUAAUGCUAAAAUCUUAUUUUUCAGUGUUGUUAACAUGAAAUAAAAUUAACUUGAAAGUCACAAAGUGGCUAACAUAAAGGAGACAUCAGAUGUAACCAGAAGAUCUUCAAGAAUGUAUGUAAAAGAAUGCAAAUAAAUUACGAUUAAAAGUAGA